AGCCAUUUUGGCUCCACAUUUGGGCGGUUUCGUUUGAGUUCAGAAGCUGCGGAUGGCUCGACGCGCCCUCCGAUUCGCCUUGCUGACGUGGCUUCUCGGCGCCUGCUGGAUCCACGUGCCCGGAGAUCGACACCGACCCAGGACACCCAAAGUGGUUCGCCAGAGCCGUCCCACCGGCGCCAUCUCGGAUCAGUGCUACUUGGUGAAGGAGAGCCCAGCGCUGAGCAAGAGCGAGCUGCACGAACGCUUGGCGCUGCGCAAGCCCUUGCCCGAGCGCUUGGCGCUGGUUCCGAGCCACCAGGGGGCGCCGCAAGACGCGCGGCUCCUGAACUUCAACGCGGCCGGGCAGACCGUCGAGGUCUCUCUCUUCGACUGUGGCACCGUCCAGAUGCUCGAGAAACACUCCUCGCUCUGGCGCGUGCUGCUUUCAGACUGCGACGCGGUCUUGCCUGGAACCUUGGUACAGAUCUAUGACACCACGCCUCGAGUUGAAGCGCCGGAGUCUGCGGAUGUGGCCGGAGGAGUGAAGACGACGGUGUUGCAAGAGUCGGAGUCCGCGAGAGCUGCUGUCACAUGGAACGGGAUGAACGGCUUCAGCCCCUCCAACUGCCCCCGGGAGGCGGACGGCGUCCACGUGGCCUGGAGGCUUUGGAACUGCGCGCAAGGCGCCUGCAGUCUGCUGCACGAGGAGGAGGAUGACAAGGCCCUGGUCUGUGAGUUCGGCAGCCUGAAGAAGGGCAUCCUCACCAUGGUGGUUGGGGAGACGCGGCGCUUCUGGAUCCCCUGGGACGCCCCGGACCGGCGCUUCGGGCGCCCGGUGCCGGAGAGGGCACUGCCGGCGGGGGACCUGGUGGUGGAUCUCACGGUGCUGGGCAUCGAGCGCGAGGCGGUGUUCGACUACAAGCUCUCAGAGGAGACCCUGAAGCUGGUGAACGCGCGCGAGCGCAGCUUGCCGGUGCUCGCCUCCCGUGCUGUGGGCGUAGGCAUCCAAGUCUUCGCCUGGGCCAUGGUCUACCUGCACUACCUACCCCCCCAGGAGGGGUCCCAGGUUUGUCAGCCGGAUGCGCAAUUCCAUCCUUUAAAAUGUCCAUGUUCAAGGGAUUCUGAAGGAGAUACUGGGUUCAAGAAGCCUUGUGACCUCCUUGAUUGGUCGCAAAAACAUGUGUGACCUCACGGGACUUGGCUUUGCAGCUAAGCUUUGCAGUGCGCAGUUCACGUCAGCCUAUCGCCAAAGGCGCUGUGGCGAGCCUGCCAUUGUUUAA